UACACCGAAUGCGAUAAGCGAUUACCGGCCUCCGUCCCAUCGCAUAGCUCCGCAUCGCCGCGUCCCGCUCGCUCCGACUCGCUCUCCCGCUCUCGCGACAUAGCUUCGUCUCGCCCCCCUCGCCAGUACUAGCUUCGCGCUCGCUUCGAGUAGCCGCGUGUCGCGUCGUGUCGUGUCACGUCACGUCGCCAUGUCGCACAUCCGCAUGCAGCGACACCUGAGAGAGAAGCUGAUAGAGCAGAUACAGAAGUACCCGAUCCUGUACAACACCAACCACGAGAACCAUAGAGACAACGACCUCCGGGACUGCGCCUGGAACCAGAUCGCCGAGGUUUUAGGGGUCAAUAGUGACACGCUGAAGCGCGAGUGGAAGAUCCUGCGCGACUCGCUGCGGCAGGCGCUCAAGAAGCAGAAGCAGGGCGGCAAGGCGGACAAGGGCAGGAAGUGGUACUUCGAGUCCAAGAUGUCCUUCCUGUUCCCCUUCAUGACUAAGAGGAUAACCUACAAGCGCGUGCCCAACUCCACAACCCUGGACGAGGUGAAGCUGGACACGACCGACGCGGACUAUGACGAAGACCAGCCGCUGGCGACGCCGGCGCGGGGCGAGGGGGCGUGGGGCCGGGACGAGGGGGGGUGGGCGCCGGAGCCCCUCGCUGACCCGCUCGAGCUGUUCUUUGCCAGCGUCUGCCAGAGCACCAGGAGACUGCCGAGGAAGGUACAAAGCCAGGUAAAGAGGCAGAUCCUGGACGUUCUCCUGAAGGCUGAAGAGGAAACUGAGGACAGCAAGGCUUUCGUGAGCGUUGACACAGAAUACGUGACGUAGAGUGCUGCGUUAUUACUUGUGACUGUGUAGUACUUGUGAUAGUGAGUGUGAUCUCCGGUGGAAGAUACUUAAGUUUUAAGAAGGAUGGUGGUGGACAUACAAUUAUACUUCCUAAAUAACUGUGCCAACUCUGAUAGUGUAGAUAAUAUAAUAUGAAACUGCUAUGAAGGUGAAUAAUGAUAUUGAAGCUCAUUGUAGUUAGUAUCGUGAAAUCGUGAUAGUAAUGAGCUAUUUGGUUGUUCGGGUAUACUGGUACAAAAGUUUUCCUACAGAAGAUGCGUCACAUUCUAUAUCGCAUCCAUAGAAUACGGACUCGGGUGUAUUCAUACUCAAUGUAAAUAUUUAACUAAUGUAUAAUUUAAAACUAGAAUUAUUAAAUAAAACGAAUGGGUCUGAUUGUUUUAAGACUGACUUUUGCUGUCUUGGUUCUGGGUAGGUAAAUGUUAUUAGCAUUAAGUACAUCUUUUAGAUCUUAUCAGUAGAUUCAGAAGACCUAAAAAACACAAGCUUGCAAAGGAAGCAGGCAGCUGACAACAGCCACACCUACCCUCAUAUAUAUUCGAUAAAGCCAAUAAAAAUAAACUGCCCACCUACAGAGCCUAGCUCAACACGGUCUAACAGCCAUCGAUACUAUAAAUAAAGGACAAACAGCUGACUGCCCCCCCUCCGCUUGCCGCCCCCGC